ACGCAUGCCCAGUAGCGUCACGUCCAAGUCGUUCGUGCACGGAUAUACUUCUCAUUACUUCCAUCCAUAGUACGGUGACGGGUCUCUAGCAGCCUGACAUAGGAGAGAGAGAGCGGCUGGAGGCAGUUAAGGGAGGGGGGCAGCAGCAGUCGAUGCUGGUGACGCAGGAAAAACACCCGACAGCAGACAAUAAACCAAUGACCUGAUCGCAAGACGGCCGUGUUAUUUAUAAUCGAGACAGCCAAGCGUAUGCACACGGCGGAGUAAAUAUUUAACAGCACUUAAAUGAUUAAAUCUGGGGUCGUAUGGAGGAAAGAUCCAGUUUGAUUCUUGGUUAUGCAAUGGUCUCUGCAACAUAUCCAGUCCCCCAGGUGGUGCUUUCACUUUCAGAAGUGUGCCGGUUCUCCGUCGCUCCUGAGGAGACACUGAUUUCUUCCGGUGUACCAGCGACAUAAGCAGACAAGAUUGCAAAGAUCUGCCCCGUGUCGAGUAUGACGGCCACGACCCGUGGCUCCCCUGUGGGAGGGAAUGAUGGUCAGGGCCAGGCUCCGGAUGGCCAGUCCCAGCCUCCCCUGCCCCAGAACCAGACAUCCUCUCCCAACUCAUCCAAUGAGAACUCCCCAGUGAGCCCUCCAGAUGACCAGGGUCAGGGGGACAGUCCCGCUCCCCUGGAGGAGGAGGAGCCAGCUUUUCCCCACACUGAACUGGCCAAGCUGGAUGACAUGAUCAACAGACCUCGUUGGGUUGUUCCAGUUUUGCCAAAGGGCGAAUUAGAAGUUCUUCUUGAAGCUGCUAUAGAUCUUUGUAAAAAAGGUCUUGAUGUCAAGUGUGAAGCAUGCCAGAGGUUUUUCAGAGAUGGCCUGACAAUAUCCUUUACGAAAAUACUGACUGAUGAGGCUGUAAGCGGAUGGAAAUUUGAGAUCCAUCGGUGCAUCAUUAAUAAUGCCCACCGACUGGUGGAGCUGUGUGUGACCAAGCUCUCUCAGGACUGGUUCCCUCUGCUAGAACUACUGGCCAUGGCCACCAACCCCCACUGUAAGUUUCACAUCUACAAUGGUACUCGGCCCUCUGAGACUGUGCCUGCCGGGGUUCAGUUGGCUGAGGAUGAGCUGUUCGCCCGUCCGCCUGACCCUCGUUCUCCAAAGGUAAGGCGGUUCUCGGGUCAGUGUAACUUAUUGGUGCAUUCACAAAAUACUUCCUGUUUGUUUUGUUUCUUACAGGGCUGGUUGGUGGACUUAAUAAACAAAUUUGGCACAUUAAACGGGUUUCAAAUUCUGCAUGAUCGAUUCGUGAGUGGCCAAGCUCUAAAUGUUCAGAUCAUCGCUGCACUCAUUAAGCCUUUUGGACAGUGCUAUGAGUUUCUCACUUUGCACACAGUGAAGAAGUACUUCCUUCCCAUCAUAGAAAUGGUUCCUCAGUUUCUAGAAAACCUCACGGAUGAGGAAUUGAAAAAGGAGGCCAAGAAUGAAGCCAAAAAUGAUGCCCUGUCCAUGAUAAUCAAAUCGUUGAAGAACCUGGCCUCUCGAGUACCAGGACAAGAAGAAACCGUGAAGAAUUUAGAGAUAUUUAGGUUAAAAAUGAUUCUUAGGUUAUUGCAGAUUUCUUCUUUUAAUGGUAAAAUGAAUGCACUAAAUGAAGUAAACAAGGUGAUCUCAAGUGUGUCCUAUUACACUCAUCGCCAUGGCAAUCCCGAAGAGGAGGAGUGGCUUACAGCAGAACGCAUGGCAGAAUGGAUUCAGCAGAACAAUAUUUUGUCUAUUGUGCUGCGAGACAGCCUUCAUCAGCCACAGUAUGUGGAGAAACUAGAGAAGAUCCUGCGCUUCGUCAUCAAAGAAAAGGCCCUGACGCUGCAGGACCUGGACAACAUCUGGGCUGCUCAGGCUGGGAAGCAUGAGGCUAUCGUCAAGAAUGUUCAUGAUCUCCUUGCUAAACUGGCUUGGGAUUUCUCACCUGAGCAGCUGGACCAUCUCUUCGACUGCUUCAAGGAGAGCUGGACUAACGCAAGUAAAAAGCAGAGGGAGAAAUUAUUAGAAUUGAUUCGUCGACUAGCAGAGGAUGACAAGGAUGGCGUGAUGGCUCACAAAGUGCUCAAUCUGCUGUGGAAUCUGGCCCAUAGUGACGAUGUUCCUGUGGAUAUCAUGGACCAGGCCCUCAGCGCUCAUAUCAAGAUUUUGGACUAUAGCUGCUCACAGGACAGAGACACUCAGAAGAUGCAGUGGAUAGAUCGAUUCAUAGAAGAAUUGAGAACAAAUGACAAAUGGGUUAUUCCUGCACUGAAGCAAAUUCGGGAGAUCUGCAGCCUCUUUGGAGAAGCCCCCCAGAACUUAAGAAAGAAAAAACCUAUAAACGUACUAAAGAACUUAGAGGGUCAAACGCAGCGGAGCCCACAUGUGUUCUAUCGGCACGACCUGAUAAACCAACUGCAGCACAACCAUGCUCUGGUCACUCUUGUAGCAGAGAACCUGUCUGCAUACAUGGAGAAUAUGAGGCAGUUUUCUAAAGCAGAGCACACAGACUUUGAUCCUCAGACUGUCAGGCCAGGAAGUCGGUAUAGUCAUGUGCAGGAGGUCCAGGAACGACUCAAUUUCUUGAGGUUCUUACUGAAAGAUGGGCAGCUCUGGCUGUGUGCGCCUCAGGCUAAGCAGAUCUGGAAGUGCCUGGCCGAGAACGCAGUGUUCUUGUGUGAUCGGGAGGCCUGCUUCAAAUGGUACUCCAAACUCAUGGGGGAUGAGCCGGACCUUGACCCUGACAUCAACAAGGACUUCUUUGAGAACAACGUGCUGCAGCUUGAUCCCUCGCUGCUGACAGAGAACGGCAUGAAGUGCUUUGAACGAUUCUUCAAAGCGGUCAACUGCAGGGAGGGCAAACUGGUGGCGAAACGUCGGGCGUACAUGAUGGACGAUCUGGAGCUGAUAGGGCUGGAUUACCUGUGGAGGGUUGUGAUCCAAGGAAGUGAUGACAUUGCUAGCAGAGCAAUUGACUUGCUUAAAGAGAUUUACACAAACCUUGGACCAAAAUUACAAGCCAAUCAGGUAGAGAUCCAUGAGGAUUUCAUUCAGUCUUGUUUUGACCGGCUCAAAGCCUCCUAUGACACUCUGUGUGUGUUGGAUGGUGACAAAGACAGCAUUAACUGUGCCAGACAGGAGGCCAUCCGCAUGGUGCGAGUACUGACUGUACUCAGGGAGUAUAUAACUGAGUGUGACAGCGACUACCAUGAGGAGAGGACCAUACUGCCCAUGUCCAGGGCAUUCCGUGGAAAGCAUAUCACGCUAGUUGUGCGUUUCCCAAACCAAGGCCGGCAAGUUGAUGACCUGGAUAUUUGGUCUCACACCAAUGACACGAUCGGUUCUGUGCGACGCUGCAUUCUGAACCGAAUAAAGGCCAACAGCACGCACACCAAGAUUGAGCUGUUCAUCGGGGGAGAGAUCAUAGACCCAGCAGACGACAGGAAGCUAAUUGGGCAGCUAAACCUCAAAGACAAAACCCUUAUCACAGCCAAGCUCACCCAGGUCAGCGCCAAUAUGCCUUCCAGUCCAGACAGCUCCUCAGACUCCUCCACCGGUUCUCCCGGGAACCACGGGAAUCACUUCAGCGAUGGGCCAAACCCUGAAGUGGAAAGCUGUCUUCCUGGUGUGAUAAUGUCCCUGCACCUGCGCUACAUCUCGUUCCUCUGGCAAGUUGCUGAUCUGGGCUGCAAUCUCAACAUGCCUCUCCUGCGGGAUGGAGCUCGCGUUUUAAUGAAGCUCAUGCCUCCAGAUAACACCACGGUAGAAAACCUACGGGCUAUUUGUCUGGAUCAUGCCAAACUUGGAGAAAACAGCCUUAGCCCCACGUUGGACUCGCGUUUCUUUGGCCCAUCGCCUUCUCAAGUGCUUUACCUGAUAGAGGUGGUGUAUGCCUUGCUCAUGCCUGCUAGCGGAACAUUAGGCGAGGAUGCUUGUGACUUCCAGUACAACUUCUUGAAGAGUGGCGGCUUGCCGCUGGUUUUGAGCAUGCUCACCAGAAAUAACUUCUUGCCAAAUGCUGACAUGGAGACCCGACGGGGAGCGUAUCUCAACGCGCUAAAAAUAGCCAAACUUCUGCUCACAGCUGUAGGCUUUGGCCAUGUUAAGUCCGUAGCGGAGGCCUGCCAGCCUGUGGUGGAAGGGACUAUCCCUGUGUCGCCCAUAAACCAGGCCACUCAUGACCAAGCUAUAGUGCUCCAGAAUGCCCUGCAGAACAUCCCUAACCCCUCUGCUGAGUGCAUGCUACGGAACGUGGCCAUCCGCCUCGCCCAGCAGAUCUCUGAUGAGAACUUCUUCCAGGCCUCCAAGUACAUCCCGGAUAUCUGCGUCAUUCGAGCGGUUCAGAAGAUAGUCUGGGCUUCUGGAUGUGGCUCAGUCCAACAUGUCUUCAGCUCGAACGAGGAGAUCAGCAAGAUCUACGAGAAGACCAAUGCGGGCAAUGAGCCGGAUGCAGAGGAUGAGCAGGUGUGCUGUGAAGCUCUGGAGGUCAUGACUCUUUGUUUCGCCCUCAUGCCCACUGCACUUGAUGCACUUAGCAAAGAGAAGGCCUGGCAGACUUUUAUUAUAGAUCUGCUGCUGCACUGCCAGAGCAAGUCUGUUCGUCAAAUGGCUCAGGAACAGUUCUUCCUCAUGGCCACCAGAUGUUGUAUGGGCCAUAGGCCUCUACUGUUCUUUAUCACCCUUCUCUUUACAGUUUUAGGUAGCACGGCAAAAGAGCGAGCGAAGCACGCCGCUGAUUACUUCACUCUUCUGAGGCACUUACUCAACUAUGCAUAUAACAGCAACAUUAACCUUCCUAAUGCAGAAGUUCUCUUGAACAAUGAGAUCGACUGGUUAAAACGAAUCCGGGAUGAAGUUAAGAGGACUGGGGAGCCUGGGGUGGAGGAGACCAUUUUGGAAGGUCAUAUUGGUGUCACAAAAGAGCUGCUGGCUUUCCAGACCCCUGAGAAGAAGUACUACAUUGGUUGUGAAAAAGGAGGAGCCAGUCUCAUCAAGGAGUUAAUGGAUGACUUCCUGUUCCCAGCAUCUAAUGUCUAUCUUCAAUAUAUGAAGAGCGGAGAGUUCCCUACCGAGCAGGCCAUACCUGUGUGCAGCACCCCUGCCACUAUCAAUGCCGGCUUCGAACUGCUGGUCGCACUUGCCGUUGGAUGUGUGCGAAAUCUCAAGCAGAUUGUUGAUACCCUAACUGAUAUGUACUACUUAGGUUGUGAACCACUUACAGAAUGGGAGUAUCUGCCACCGGUUGGCCCACGGCCUACCAAGGGUUUUGUGGGCCUGAAAAAUGCAGGCGCGACUUGCUACAUGAACUCUGUGAUCCAGCAGCUCUACAUGAUUCCACCCAUCAGGAACGGCAUCCUGGCCAUCGAGGGCACAGGCAGUGAGGUGGAUGAUGACAUGUCUGGAGAUGAGAAACAAGAUAAUGAGACUAAUGUGGAUCCACGGGAUGAGGUGUUUGGUUAUCAGCACCAGUUUGAAGACAAACCUUCACUCAGUAAAUCUGAGGACAGGAAGGAAUAUAACAUUGGGGUUCUGCGGCAGCUCCAGGUCAUCUUCGGGCAUUUGGCUGCCUCCAGAUUGCAGUACUUUGUGCCUAGAGGAUUCUGGAAACAAUUUCGAUUGUGGGGUGAACCAGUCAAUCUGAGGGAACAGCACGAUGCCCUAGAGUUCUUCAACUCAUUGGUGGACAGUUUAGAUGAAGCUUUGAAAGCAUUGGGUCACCCUGCCAUGCUGAGUAAAGUUCUGGGCGGCUCAUUUGCAGAUCAGAAAAUAUGUCAGGGCUGUCCUCACAGGUAUGAAUGUGAGGAAUCAUUUACGACGUUGAAUGUAGAUAUCAGAAACCAUCAGAAUCUCCUCGAUUCUAUGGAGCAAUACGUGAAAGGUGACUUAUUGGAGGGUGCAAAUGCCUACCACUGUGAGAAAUGCAACAAGAAGGUGGACACAGUGAAGCGUUUACUGAUUAAGAAGCUGCCUCCGGUACUGGCCAUCCAGCUCAAACGCUUCGAUUAUGACUGGGAACGAGAGUGCGCCAUCAAGUUCAAUGACUACUUUGAGUUCCCAAGGGAGUUGGACAUGGAACCCUACACAGUAGCUGGAGUAGCUAAACUGGAGGGAUCUGAUGUGCAUCCAGAGAAUCAGGUGAUUCAACAGAACGAGCCUUCAGAGCCGGAACCCCCCUGCAGCUCCCGUUAUCGUUUGGUGGGCGUGCUGGUCCACUCGGGCCAGGCUAGCGGAGGUCACUACUACUCCUACAUCAUUCAGAGGAAUGGCAGCGGUGGUGAGGGAGAGAGGAACCGCUGGUACAAGUUUGACGACGGCGAUGUCACCGAGUGCAAGAUGGACGAUGACGAGGAGAUGAAGAACCAGUGCUUCGGAGGAGAGUACAUGGGUGAGGUCUUCGACCACAUGAUGAAGCGCAUGUCCUACAGGAGACAGAAGCGCUGGUGGAAUGCCUACAUUCUCUUUUACGAGCGUAUGGACACUCUGGACAAGGACAGCGAGCUGGUGAAAUACAUCACUGAGCUCACCGUGUCCAGUAAACCUCACCAGGUGAAAAUGCCCUCUGCUAUCGAACGCAGCGUGCGCAAACAGAACGUGCAGUUCAUGCACAACCGUAUGCAGUACAGCCUGGAGUACUUCCAGUUUAUAAGAAAACUGCUGACCUGUAACAGUGUGUACUUGAACUCACCGCCAGGUCAAGACCACCUUUUACCUGAAGCAGAAGAAAUGGCUAUGAUAAGUAUACAGCUCGCUGCUAGAUUUCUCUUUAGUACUGGAUUCCACACCAAGAAAAUAGUCCGUGGCCCUGCUAGUGAUUGGUAUGAUGCGCUGUGCAUCUUGCUUCGACACAGUAAGAAUGUGCGUUACUGGUUUGCGCACAACGUCCUCUUCGCGUAUCCGAACCGCUUCUCCGAGUACCUGCUCGAGUGCCCCAGCGCUGAGGUACGAGGAGCCUUCUCUAAACUCAUUGUAUUCAUUGCACAUUUCUCCCUGCAAGAUGGACCCUGCCCUUCACCGAUUGCCUCACCUGGACCUUCAAGUCAGGGCUGUGACAACUUGAGCUUAAGUGAACAUCUGUUCCGUGCCGUGCUCAACCUGCUGAGGAGGGAAGUGUCGGAACACGGCCGUCACUUGCAGCAGUACUUUAACCUCUUCGUCAUGUACGCCAACCUUGGUUUAGCAGAAAAGACACAGCUUCUGAAGCUCGGGGUACCGGCCACCUUCAUGCUUGUGGCUCUGGAUGAGGGUCCUGGGCCUCCAAUCAAGUACCAGUACGCUGAACUGGGAAAGCUCUAUACUGUUGUGUCGCAGCUCAUCCGCUGUUGUGAGGUAACAACGCGUAUGCAGUCUUCAAUCAACGGUAACCCUCCCCUACCAAACCCAUAUGGUGACCCCAACAUCACAGCUCCCAUCAUGCCUCUGCAGCAGAUGGUAGUCGACAUCCUGUUUGUGCGCACCAGCUACGUAAAGAAGAUUAUCGAGGACUGCAGUAACUCUGAGGACACCAUCAAACUGCUGAGGUUCUGCUGUUGGGAGAACCCUCAGUUUUCAUCCACUGUGCUUAGUGAACUCCUGUGGCAGGUGGCGUAUUCGUACACGUAUGAGUUAAGGCCUUACUUGGACUUGCUUCUCCAAAUCCUGUUUAUAGAGGACUCAUGGCAGACUCACAGGAUCCACAACGUGCUAAAGGGAAUUCCUGAUGACCGUGAUGGGCUUUUUGACACCAUUCAACGCUCCAAAAACCACUACCAAAAGAGAGCUUAUCAGUGUAUCAAAUGCAUGGUGGCUCUGUUCAGUAACUGCUCUGUGGCCUAUCAGAUUCUGCAGAGUAAUGGUGAUCUAAAGAGGAAGUGGACAUGGGCGGUGGAGUGGCUCGGGGAUGAGCUGGAACGGAGGCCGUACACUGGCAAUACCCAGUACACAUAUAACAACUGGUCCCCUCCUGUCCAGAGCAAUGAGACAUCCAAUGGAUAUUUCCUGGAGCGUUCUCACAGUGCCCGCAUGACUUUAGCCAAGGCCUGCGAGUUGUGCCCGGAGGAGUGUCACUUAACGAAGCACGAGGUGGUAUCUGAAGAGGACGCAGGCCGGAACCCGUCCUCUGCACAGCAACUUUUGCCAGGGGAAGUGACAGGCCAGCCACAGCAAACCGAGCCUGAUGAGCAGGAGGGACUCGAUGAGCAGGAACCUUCUCCACCGGAGGACACCGCUCUGUACCCUCAUUCUCCAGGCACAAAAUAUCAACAACAGCAGAACAACCUCCCACAAACGCAGCCAUACACCGGCCCCGCAGCACAACACGUCAACAACCCUCAGCGUCCAGGCCCACGAGCACAAGAGAACUGGGAGCCCACUGAGGAGGUGCUGCCGAGCCAGACUAAAGACUAACAAUAUGUUCUCCCACUGUCCUCCAUCGGAGUUCUCCAGCGAGAUACUCGAAUCCAGAGCAAGGCCAGGCCCCACCAUGCCGCUCCACUCCAGAGCCUGUGUAACCAGAACAUUCAGCUUCCCUCAAUUUCUAACCCUGGAGUGGAGCCUCCUCACUGUCUGCUCUGCAGUAUUAACUGUCAAAAGUGUAACUUGCGGUGGACUGUGCAUAUUGUUUGUAAUAAAACGGGCCUGACGCACUUGUCUCAUGACAAAGGUGUACAUACUAUGUUAAUGUUUUGACUGUUCGAAAACAACAGCACUUGAGGUUGUUCGGAGACCGUGCAGAUUCACGAAAAUGGCAAAAACAACAAAAAAAGAUGCAAACAUUGAAAGACAAAAAAACAGUUUUAUCCCAUGCUCCGUAGUAAGGUUUGGGCCGUUUGGGUCAUUCUGCUUUUCAUCAUUACAUUAUAUUCACGUCGAAGCUUAACGGGCAAUGGCACUUGGUGAGCGAGAGUUGGCCAUGGAGUGUGAACGAUGGGAGGGUUGGUUGAUCUUCAUUAUGUUUAGUUGAUGUGAAUGGGGUGAUGCAACUUUGUUCUGAAAAUUCCUAUCGCCUUUUUUUCUUCUGGUAAUAAUUCAGUCAUUUGAAGGCUUCAGCUGACACGCUGUAACAUCUUAGCAUGGCUUCACAUCGAACUAGUAUAGCCGAAGGGAAACUCUGUGAUUUCUUUCUCCACAGCUGUUCAGAAGAGCUCUUUCGUUGGCCCCACUCCAUACGCUCAUCUAGAUUUGAUGUAAGAAAUGAAUGGCUUUACAAUUGCACACGUUUCCUCUGAUAAAUAUUUGUCUGUCGCUUAGUUUUUGAUGAUAGGAAUUUUAGAGAGAGAAAAUAUAUGCAACAGUUGCUACGCCAGGAUGCCUGGAACAUUUGCGGACUAAACUGGGUUUGCUUAUUUGUCUCUCUUGGGUUGAACCUCGCGCAAGACAAAUGACCUCCUGGCUGUUUAGUCGCCUGCUCCCUGAUCACAUUUGUGUACUCAGUCUGGGGACUCUUCAUUUAAGGAGAAUAAACGUAAAGCAGGGUUGUAUCAUAAAAUAACUGCUGGUUAGUCAUGUUGCAACUACAGUUAGUAAAGUUUCUUGGAUAAAGGAGUAAACAUCGGUAGAUACUGUAUGUAUUUAAUUGGUAACUUGAAUGCUUUUUUCCUUGGAUUUUGUUGGAAAAAUACCAAAUACUCCUGCAAAUGAAAAUAUUCUGCCCAUCAUAUAUUUAAAUAUUUUGCUGUUUUAUUUUAUAGAAUUUAUUUUGUUGUAUUUCACUAAAAGAAUAAUAGAAUUUGAUUUAAGAGGAACAUUUUUGUCCUUCUGUUAUUUUUAAAGAUUAUUGACUGUACAGAGUUCUUCGCCCUGUUUUUUGCCGACUUUUGUUUUGGCCAUGAUGUGACGUUGAAUUCUGAAGCCACAGUCACAAUGUUGACUUUCACUUUGUGAGGUUUUUGUGCACAGAAAUAGUAGAGAAAAGCAUUGCGCCCUUCAAGAAUAAAGACAAAGAAAUCAGGAAACUGUCAUCUGGUUUAUUGUUAUGAACAUUCAGAGCUGCAAAACACUUUUUUUUUUACAUAUCCUCUUGUCUUUUACUAAAUGAUAUUAAAUUAUCACUGCAGGAUAGUUCCAACCAUCUUAAAACCACAAACUGAAGAAUAUACAUAACGUAUUGUGGUCAUUCCAGUCCAACGUCUGUUUGAUUUCAUGAAAAACAAACCUCAGGACAACUGUGAUAAAAUCCAGGUAAUUUUUGACCUUUACUAAAUACAUGUAGAAAUAUUACUGCUGUAUUGCCCAAACGUGAAGAUAAACUAUUCUUUACAGUAUUUGAGGUCUGAAAAAAUAGAGCAUCUUUAUGAUGUUUGGACCGGUUUGUCCAGUUUUCAUUUUUUGCAAAUAGAAACUAUUUGAUAAAAAAUAUUGUUAGUAGUUAACAGAAUAAAACAAAAAUAAUUUGGCUGAACAUAACAGAAAAUAAUUUUGAUAGUCUCAUAUUUUUCCGUGGCAGUAAUUGCAAGCAAUACUGUUGGUAGGUCAGGUAUUACAUUUACAUAGUGUAAUAUUUAAUGUCACCAAUAUUCCUGUACGCAUUUAGGACUAUGCAUGUUUCAGAUCACCCAUACAGAGAAUUACAUUUUCAUAUAUCAACAGAGCUUUUUUAGUUCUGUAGUGGAUAAACUUUUAAAAGAAGAGUUCUUAAUUUAUAAACUAUGACUAGUUUACAGUCUGAGACACAAAAAGACAUUUCUAGAGCAUCCUUUCUAAACUAACUAGAAUCACAUUUGUUAUACAACAAACCUUGAAAACGUAAAGAUAGGCGAAUAUCUGGGCUAGAGACCAUAUUAUUUACUUAAACAACCACAAGAUUUUAAUCCAAUAAUAUUUUAAGCGUUGGCAAACCCAGUACACUAUCUUCCAGAAAUCUUUCUUUAAAAUAAAUCGCUGUCAAAAGUACCUGUUGCACAGAGUAGGUGUGCAGUCACCAGACACUUUGACUGUGCAAAACAAGUCCAGAAAAAC